AUGUAUUCGUGGAGCGCCAGAGGUUUGAUCUACGAGGAUGAGGAACAGGUGGGCCGUGGAUCGGCCGCCGAGAAGGACAUGGGUAUAUCCCAGGGUCCAGCAGCCGAGUGGGGCCGCAGCUGUGGGCUGCGCUACGCAGCCCACAGCCGCGGCCACAGGCACCUAUAUAUGAUCGGGUAUCCCAAGGGAUACCCGGAUAUCCGCCAAGAUUUUGGGCGGAAAAUGACAUCCGCACUCGAAUCCGCACCCGCUGGCGGGUAUCCGUUGGCCCUGGUGGGUAUCCGCCAGGGGAUAACGGAUAUCCGUGACGGAUUAUCCGCGACCAUCUCUAGCACGGUCAACGAUCAAACUGACCUUAUCUACAUUAAGCCGGCAAGCAAACUCUACGACCAAAUUUGCGAGGCCUAUGAAAAGAACACUCGAGCUCGCCGACUCAUGCUCGAGGAUGCAUUCUGGACCGCCAAGCACGAUCCAAACGUUCCAAUAGCAAAAUGGAUUGCGCGGGUGCGAAGCGCGGCGUCUGAUCUCACUAGCGUGAAAUUGACUCCUCACAAUCAGCAAAUCUGUGAUCGACUACUUCGCGGACUUGACGACUCGUGGAAGCCGAUCCGAGAUCACUUAGUGUACUCACCCAAUGAGGUCUCUUUGGACGACGCCAUCGGGGCCCUAGAGUCGCACGAGGUCUCCACCCAGGUUCCAACUGAUCACUAUGACGCCUCAGCAGCUACGACAAAAGCAAAACCGAGGCUCGGAUGCUGGAACUGUGGCCAGAAGGGCCAUCAUUCUUCCAAAUGCCCUAACCCCUCCCUGAAGAAGAAGUCGGGUGCUCAAGCGUCCUCAGCUGAAGCUCGUAGUCUCAUAUGCGACCCUUGGCAAUUACUCCGACGGUGA